CACAUGGCUGGUCCAGUCAUGAACAAACAUAAACAAAACAACUUGAAUUAGCACAAUCUUGCUUCAACAAAUUGUCUAGCUGUGAAGGAGAACCUGACGGUUUAGCCUUGCAUUUUUUAUACUUGCCUGCUCUUUAGAAAGGAAAUCAAUUACGGACAAUGUCGAAGGUGAGUUAUAAAGAUGUGCUUAGGCUUUUUCGAGUAGCAAAAAAAGACUCAGAAAAAAUAUUUGAUCAAUAGAGGCAAGAUUGCUAUUCCGAGGCCAUACAUGUGGCCAGUGUUUGAAGAACGAGAAUAACAGAGGACGAUCGCUCGGAUUUUUAAGUAAGCAGCCUUGUUGGUUGAAAAUCGGUUUCCGAACGAUUGUGAGCAAGUUAUCUGAGAGCUCAAAGGAGGAUAAGCAUAAGAGAUAAGAUGUUUUAAGCUUUUUCACAGAAAAUUCGCAUAAAUUUUAAACAUCUUACACAUUUUAGAGACCGUGUGGAAUUUCAGAUUGACUCACCACUAUUGUUAGAACACUGACUAUUUACUCAAGUUCAGCUGACUUUUUAAUUCAGCUAGCCAUUGGCCAUCCCUCGCUUAUUAGGAAUCUUGAUUCAAGGAAAAGAUGAAUUUACAUAGUUUUGAUUCGAUUACACGCCACAUGCGAAAGAAAAUUCACCGAAGAUAGACAAACAAGAGGAUACAAAGCAGUGACGAGAAUGUCGAUUUUAUGCUUUCUGCUUGAAUUGUCACCGCUGUGCGCUAUUGUAUACUUCUAUCUAUUCUGGACACAAAGGAAAUCGUCAAGACUUCCCAAUGUUUCCUGCAAAAAGUCACUAUUCAACUCUUUAGUUGUUCAGUAUUGUAGUGAUCUGCUCACUAAGCCUUAUGUACCCACCAUCUGGGCAUUCCUGCCAAAGAUUCAAAGUGUGUUUUUUCUAUUACGUUCAAAAUGGCCUUUGGAAAGCAAAACGGAAUAUCUUGAGGUAAAAAACGGCAGGCUUAUUGGAAUUACGUGGCCGAAAGACAAAGAAGAGUUGAGGAAAAUUGCAAGCGAGGAGCGCCCUGUUGUUCUUUUUAUUGGUAGUCCGGACACUGACAGCAACAACUUCCACCCAUAUAUAGAAGCUGCAUACAAGUACAGGUUCCGUCCUUCUAUAUUCAUUAACAGUAACUCCCAAAAGUUGCCCCGUUUGCGGCAUGCGUCCGAAAACAGUCGUUUAAAGGCCGGUUGCGAGGAAACAGACGAUUAUCAAGACUUGGCAGAGGCAGUUUUGUAUAUAACCAAUAAGUUUCCAUAUUCAUCCUUGUAUAUCGUGAGUAUAUCGUUUGGUUGCCCGACUCUUUUGAAGUUCUUAGCUUCUGACGCAAGGUCAAAACGUUUGAAAGCGGCUGCAGUUGUUUCGCCUGCUUGGCAUAAGAUGAAGUACCCCACUAUGCCAGUAAGACCUAAUGGAGAACUGCCAAAGCCCUCAAGUAGUAAAGUGAAGCACUCGCAGAGCCUAGAUUCAUUUUUCCGCAAGGUAACAAAAAGCAGGUACUAUUCGGGAUCACAAGGUAGCAUUUUACAUCGAUCAACAACAUUGCCAAAUGAAGUAUUCAGUCGUUUAAAACGUUUCUCGGUUCCUUUGUUGGUCGUUUUCUCAAACGACGAUAAGAUUUUAGCCCCAGACGAUAAAGCUCGAAUUGGAGGUGCUUGGAAAAACUCUGAGAUGAUGUUGGUGGUAGAAACCUAUGUUGGAGGCCAUGCUGGAUUCAUGCAGGGCUUCGUUCCAGUGUGCUGGGCAGCAAAUCUUGUGUUCCAAUAUUUUGAAGCAACUGAGAAAUUUAAGCAAGCAACAAUUGGUUAACAGCAGUGGAAUUAAAGAGUAUCUAAUCAUAUCAUCUAGAGAAAUAGUAGAUGUUGCAAAUAUUUUACAGUUGGCAUGCAAAUGUCGUGUAAGGAAGUCACGGAAUUAAUGAAAUUAAAGUCCUUUCAAAACAAUGAGAUAAAAAUUAAGAUCUUAAAUUCUUAUAAUACCAAGAGAUUUGGGAAAAAAUCCUGAAGCUCAUCGACUGCUUUCUCCUUUUAAACAGAACAGGGCAAAACCCUUGUGCAACAUAUCUGGCACAAGCACUUUUUAUCAGUGUCGUCGGAACGAAAUUCAUACUGAGGACUGCCCAUUGUAUUGAGGAAAUAUAAAUAUAGAAGAAAAUUUAAAGGAAAAAUGUCGAAAAAAUACAGUUUGACAAUUAUCGGAGGCAUUAGCAUCAACUCGAAGCCCCUCGCUUCGGACUUACCCUUGAGACCAACAGGAUAACCAUUGACUGGUACUAAAGAACGAAAGUUAAUUUUUUACUGGCAUAUAAAAACUGCUUGACCUUGGUAUGGCUUUAGAGGAACGACUACUACUUAAAACGACGACAACAGUCCUUUCCAUCGCAUACCCCUAGGCAAAGAAUUCCAUUGGUUGAUCCUCUCUCCAAACAUGGGACACUUCCCCAUCCUAAAGGGUCGUUGGUCGCUUUUCUCUAUACAGAUUUUCUUUAGAUGGAGUUAGUAAGUUUUGAAUUAAUAAUCUUGUUUGUUGAGAAAAUUUGUAAGGAAAGAGUUUGUGAAAACAUUGAAAGAGUGCAAGUAUCCUUAGGCAAGCCACAUUUAUUCUAAAAAACAACAUAACCUAACAAUUGGGAAGCCAGGCUUUUAUCCCUCUAGUAUAUUUUUCUUGUCCAUUGUUGCAUAGAUCUCAUCGACGAACUCAGUUGAUGCAUUAUUCUUACCAAAGAAAGACUAAGUUUAGCAACAGUAAAUGCACUGGUCGGCUAAAAACUGCACUUUGCCUGACGCUGAGACUCCAAGCUGUGUAGGUACGUGAUGCAGCUGCAGUCUAAAUUAAAGGACAUCCUUUAAAAUAGUAUUUAAAAAACAAAACUGACUUAUUCCAUUUCAUAGAGACAGGCCUUUCUAUUCAACUGAUUUCAGUUAUUAACGUGGAGCACCCAAAAAUUCGUCCACAGAUCUGAUCCGUCGGAAUAUAAAAUGGCUACAAAUUUACUCUGAUUUUGAUAGAGAUAGGGACUAGUUUCUUUCCUUUACGUUUGCAAUAUUGAAUUGAUUGGAUAAGUAUGGAUUUUGGAUUCAAUUUUACCUCCUAUCCCACAAAACAGUAGUUUCUGACUCAGAUUCAGACCAGGAUUGAGUCUAGUUCGUGAAUUGUAGAUGAAGACGGUACUUUAUACUCCAUCGAACAUUUCAAACAACAUUAAGUGUUGUUAUGGAGCUGUAUUUAUCUAAAACCUAUCAUGUUGUUAUGAACAGUCUUGAUAAAGUGUUAAUUUUGUGAUGUCAUGUGCUUUUGAUACAAAUGUUUUGAA